CCUGAUUUUUUCAGUUGGCAUCGUUCAGAACAGAAGGUGCGGGCGAGUGAGUCAUCCUGUUCGAAGGGUGUCAAAGCAAACCUAGGCUACAAUACGCUGCUGCAGAGGUGCCAGUCUGCAAAGUACCAGGACGUAAAUCGCUUUUGCUGCCAUGGCGGACGACGACUCGAUGAACGGCAUUCACGAUGAAGUCCCCGAAAUCGAGCUCAUCAUCAAGGCGUCGACAAUCGAUGGCCGCCGGAAGGGAGCUUGUCUCUUCUGCCAGGAGUAUUUCAUGGACCUAUACCUGCUGGCUGAGCUGAAGACGAUUCGGCUCAAGGUCACCACGGUCGACAUGCAGAAACCCCCGCCAGACUUUAGGACCAACUUUGAGGCGACGCCGCCCCCCAUUUUGGUCGACAACGGCCUGGCCGUGCUGGAGAAUGAGAAAAUCGAGCGACACAUCAUGAAGAACGUGCCUGGUGGUCACAACCUCUUUGUCCAAGACAAAGAAGUCGCCACCUUAAUUGAGAACCUCUACAGUAAACUGAAGCUGAUGCUGCUGAAGAAAGACGACACAAAGACGAGCAGUCUGAUGUCUCACUUGCGCAAGAUUGACGAACACCUGGAGCGCAAGGACACGCGUUUCCUCACGGGAGACACCAUGUGCUGCUUUGACUGCGAACUCAUGCCGAGACUGCAACAUAUUCGCGUUGCUGGAAAGUACUUUGUAGACUUUGAAAUCCCGGCUGAGUUCAAGAGCCUAUGGCGCUACAUGUACCACAUGUAUCAACUGGACGCGUUCACGCAGAGCUGUCCCGCUGACCAGGACAUCAUCAACCACUACAAACUGCAGCAGAACGUUAAGAUGAAGAAGCAUGAAGAACUGGAGACUCCGACCUUUACCACGUCCAUACCAGUGAAUGUCGACAUCAACUAAAUUUUCUGCUCGCGUGUUGCGUCCAAUGAUGAAUCACACAAGCCUAGUUUCAUUGUGUACUACGCAUACGCAUGUUCACGAUGGGUGUGUUUAUUAAUGGACAUCUGAACUUGUUUCAAUCGAUAAGAGGAAACUGCCGCGGCAGACAAAAUCUAUUCAAGUGCCUGAACCGAAAUUUCUUUUAGCCUUACGCUCGGUUCGCAAUGAUUGUUUAUUCUACGGUUCACGAAAACACAACACGCAUCUUUGAGGCAAAAGCUGAUCUAUUCAACUAACCACUAAAAUUAAGCUGAUGGAAAGAACAGUUCAAAGUAUUGCAAGUAACUGUGAGAUGUAAUUUCUUUCUCUUGUGUUCAAGUUUUUUUUUCGAAGAUUUUAGACGCCAAACUUGUCAGCAGUGAUGACCGAAUUCUUUGUAUAUUAUUAUUUUGUUCUUCUAGUUCAGUAGGGAUAAAUUACUAGUGUUUUACAGCAAGUCAGUGCGUUAGAAAAUAGCGCUUCUUAUUUUCACUUUAACUUAGAUUGAAAAUUACAAUCUGUAGCAUUUGCAGAUGUCCCCGCAUUUCUAUCAUUCCACCUUCGGGACAUCUGAUUGUAAGUGCCCAACAGCCACUCAAAAUUCUUGGAAAUGUCUCAAUAAUCAACUAAGGUUAACCACACAAGUCUUUUCUUUACAAUAAAAAUAAAGGCGUAAUUAUAUAAACGA